AUGAUUACUUUUUCUGUCUCUAUGUCUCUUCAACUUUUUUCGUUUAUUCCUCGAUAUUUUUCUGAAUUUUUCACUUUUGUGAGCCAAAUUGCAGCUGUCUCAGCUUAUAUGUCUUUGCUAUAUGUAUUUUACUGUUUGACCGUAUCUAUCUAUCUAUCUAUCUAUCUAUCUAUCUAUCUAUCUAUCUAUCAAAUUGUCUUAGCUAUCUGCUUACCUACCUAUCUAUCAGUCUGUCUGUCAUGCUAUCUAUCUAUCUAUCUAUCUAUCUAUCUAUCUAUCUAUCUAUCUAUCUAUCUAUCAGAUUGUCUUAGCUAUCUGCUUACCUAUCUAUCUAUCUAUCUAUCUAUCUAUCUAUCUAUCUAUCAGAUUGUCUUAGCUAUCUGCUUACCUACCUAUCUAUUUGUCUGUCUGUCAUAUUAUCUAUCUAUCUAUCUAUCUAUCUAUCUAUCUAUCUAUCUAUCAGACUGUCUUAGCUAUCUGCUUACCUACCUAUCUAUCAGUCUGUGCUAUACUAUAUCUAUCUAUCUAUCUAUCUAUCUAUCUAUCUAUCUAUCUGUUACUUUAUUUAUCUAUCUCAUUUUUUUGUAUGUUCAUUUAACUAUCUCAUAUUAA